AUGUCUCGCAGUAACGUAUUUGGCGCUAACUCGCUUUUUUCGUUCACAAAGUUUGGUGCCAUUCCUCGCAACACGGCCUUCGAAGCUAACAAGCGAACCCGGUACCUUUUUAGCCUAGAGAACCAGAAACAUAUUCAGCGGGACCAUCAACGUGAGCGGAGGUACCGUUUCUGCGUACAAUGUGGUAUCAUAACUGUUACGGUUAAUUUUGACCGCGUCCCGUCGGCGCGCAUUGGCCUUUGGGGGCGCUGCGUUGACGACCGCGAUUAUACGCAUCACCGAUUCGUUGAGUUAACGCAGCGGGAACACGCGCGUCUGAAGGAGUGGCCUGUUGAGCGGCGCCUAAACUGGUGGCGCUAUGAGCGUGAGGACACCGAAUGA